AAAGAUUUUCGCAGAAUUUCUCUAUUUUUCAUAGAUUUUGUCUAAUUAUUUUAAAGAAUAUGAUGUAAACCACGAAAGUAAAGUCUUACUUGUAAAUUAAUUGGAUAAGAAUGUUUCAAUGUGUUUUAAUUUAUUUAAGAGAAAGGAACUUUAAGUCAUAAGUACAAAGAUUAUUCAGAAUAUUUACGUAUACAAUACUUUUUUUAUGAACAGCACAAUAAAAAUGAAGUAUACAAGUGUUUCGGGCAUUUUUUGCAUUGUUAUCACACAUUACAUUUGCGCUACAUUAUGCUCCCUGUCAAACAAUCUUAAAUAUUAUGAAACCCUUCAUGCAUCAAGUUUCAAUCAUCAUAUAGUGAAAAGAGGUGCAAAACAAUCUAAGCAUCCAUUCAAUACAAUCAAAGAGAUGCACUUUAGAACACUGGGCAAAGACUUCAGAUUAAUCUUAUAUCCUCACAGUACUGUGUUACAUUCAAACUUCAAAGCAUAUGCAGUUGAUGGUGAAGGAAAGAAAACUGUUGUUCAUGUUGAUCGAGACAACUUUUAUACCGGCAGAGUGUUUGGUGAAAAAUUAUCAGAUGUCAAGUUACACAUACAUGAUGGUGUUGUUACCGGAGUGAUACACACACCAGAUGAGACAUAUCAUAUUGAGCCGUCAUGGAGGCAUUUACCUGACCAGGAAGAUGGGACAAUGAUUACUUACCGCUCCUCUGAUAUACAAUUCAGUUGGACUCACAACGGUAGUAGACCUCGGGUUUGCGGUUAUGUUAAGGAAGGACAGGAACUUGAAGAGGAAGAUGGGGAAGAUUACAAUUAUGAUCUUGAAAAUAAACACGAGUUAGGUGAAAAGAAUAAAUAUUUGAAGAAAUCUCAACGAACGGAACAUAAAACUUAUGAAGAUGGUAACAAGAGAGUGAAACGACAGAGUGACUACGAGUACACACCGACUAAAACAAGAUGUCCCCUACUGUUAGUAGCGGAUUAUAGAUUCUUCCAAGAAAUGGGAGCUAGCAAUACUAAGACUACAAUCAGUUAUUUGAUAAGUUUAAUAGAUCGUGUUCAUAAAAUAUACAAUGAUACGGUCUGGCAAGAUAGACAGGAUAUGGAUGGUUUUAAAGGCAUGGGUUUUGUUAUAAAGAAGAUUCUGGUCCACUCGGAGCCGACGCGCGUGCGCGGGGGCGAGGCGCACUACAACAUGGUGCGAGAGAAGUGGGAUGUUAGGAAUUUACUUGAGGUGUUCAGUCGCGAGUACUCGCACAAGGACUUCUGUUUAGCGCAUUUGUUCACUGAUCUGAAGUUCGAGGGCGGCAUCCUCGGCCUCGCGUACGUGGGCUCCCCGCGCAGGAACUCCGUCGGAGGCAUCUGCACACCCGAAUACUUCAAGAACGGGUACACGUUGUACCUGAACUCGGGUCUGAGUUCGUCCCGCAACCACUACGGGCAGCGAGUGAUCACUCGCGAGGCGGACCUGGUGACGGCGCACGAGUUCGGCCACAACUGGGGCUCGGAGCACGACCCCGACGUGGUGGAGUGCUCGCCCACGGCCAGCCAGGGCGGCUCCUUCCUCAUGUACACCUACAGCGUCAGCGGCUACGACGUCAACAACAAGAGGUUCUCUCCGUGCAGCCUGCGCUCCAUCAGGAAGGUGCUGCAGGCCAAGUCCGGCCGCUGCUUCUCCGAGCCCGAAGAGAGCUUCUGCGGCAACCUGCGCGUUGAAGGCGGCGAGGAGUGCGACGCUGGACUGCUCGGUACGGAAGACAACGAUAUGUGCUGCGACAAGAAUUGUAAACUUCGCAAGAAUCAAGGAGCUGUUUGCAGGUAUGUUUAAUUUGGUAAGAUUUUUAUAUUUACCCUACAAAGUGAGGAUAAUUUGCAUAUUUCAUUUCUUAACCUUUUUCGAAGUUAUCAAGUAUUCUUCUAUUAGACGA